UUUCCUGAACGUUGCAGCUGCUUCUGCUUUCACCAUCUGUUUGUUGUUCUAUUAGCUAUAAACAACAUGGGUUCAAAGAAAAAAGACAAAAAAUCCAAGAAACAUCCGGUUAAAGAUGAACAAAUUGAAGAUAGUUCAGAGGAAGCACCUGUAAAGCCUGUGGAAAGUGUUAAUGGGCAUAAAAAUCAGUUACAAAGGCUGUCAGAAAAGGAUCCGGAGUUUUACGAAUUCUUGAAGGAACACGACAAAGCGCUUUUGGAGUUUGAUGACGAGGAUGAUGAAGAUGCCGAAACUGACAUGGAUGAUGGCGAAGAGCCACAAGAAGGUGAAGAUGAAGAAAACGAACCAAUGGAUCACACUGACGGUGUAUCAAAAAAAGAAAACAUAAAAACAAUAACAAGCGAAAUGGUGGACUCGUGGUGUAAAGCAAUUCGCGAAGAACGUAGAAUCGGUGCAAUUCGUAACAUAAUGAGAGCGUUUAGGAUCGCUUGUCAUUGCGGUGACGAUGACAACGAGUCAAAGUUGACGUCCAUGUCAUUUCCCGUCUUCAAUAAAAUCUUGUUGUUUGUAUUAAGUGAAAUGGAUGGAAUUCUUCGAACGCUCUUGAAGCUUCCACUUUCCGGAGGAAAAAAGGAAAUGAUUCUCGAAUUGAUGAACACACGCGCAUGGAAAAAUUACAAUCAUUUAGUGAAGGCGUAUCUUGGUAAUGCGCUUCAUGUUUUGAAUCAAAUGACCGACACAGAUAUGAUUGCUUUUACGUUAAGACGUUUAAAGUUUUCGUCUUUAUUUCUUGCCGCUUUUCCAAGUCUACUAAGAAAGUAUAUAAAGGUGGUUCUUCAUUUUUGGGGUACGGGUGGAGGUGCGUUACCGAUAGUUUCUUUACUGUUUCUAAGAGACCUAUGCGUUCGGCUUGGGUCCGAUUGUGUAGACGAGUGUUUUAAAGGAAUAUACAAAGCUUAUGUCUUGAACUGCCAUUUUGUAAAUGCAACUAAACUUCAACACGUACAAUUUCUUGGGAAUUGUGUCAAUGAGCUUUUUCGGGUGGAUCUUCCAUCUGCGUAUCAACAUGCAUUCGUUUUCAUACGCCAAUUAGCUAUGAUCUUACGUGAGGCAUAUGCCACCAAAAGAAAGGAAAUAUUCAGAAAAGUGUAUGAAUGGAAGUUUAUGAACUGCCUUCAGCUUUGGACCGGGGCCAUAUGCACAUACGGUUUAGAAGCUGAUUUUAAACCGCUUGCGUAUCCAUUAACUCAAAUAAUUUCGGGCGUUGUUCGAUUGGUCCCAACUGCACGAUAUCUUCCCCUCAGAUUACGCUGCAUUAGGAUGCUAAAUCAGAUUGCUGCUGCUACAAAUACUUUUAUUCCCGUUGCCGUGCUUCUUACAGACAUGCUUGAUAUGAAAGAGUUGCAUAAACCGCCUACUGGCGGUGUUGGGCAAGCCGUUGACUUGCGCUCUAUUUUAAGGGUUAGCAAGGCAACUAUAAAGACACGAUCUUUUCAAGAAGCAUGUGUUAACUCCGUUAUGGAAGAACUAGCGGAACAUUUAUCACAAUGGAGUUAUUCACCUGCAUUCUUCGAGCUUUCUUUCGUUCCUGCUGUUCGUUUGCGUAAUUUCUGCAAAUCUACAAAAGUUGAGAGAUUUCGUCGGGAAAUGAGGCAAUUGAUUCGUGAGAUUGAGGCUAACUCGGAGUUUACCAACAAAAAACGUAUGUUGAUUUCGUAUUCGGCAAAUGAUCCUGCUGCAUCAUCAUUUAUGGAGGAUGAGAAAAAGAAGGGUUUGAGUCCUUUGUCUAAAUACGCUGCCACUUUGCGCCAAAAAGCACAACAAAGAAACGACUCAUUGGUUGAGUCCAGUGUAAUUGUGGGUGAAAAAGCAUCAAUCUUUGGUAAGAAGAGAGCAAACCGUGUUGAUGAUGAUGAUGACGACGAUGACGAAGACGAUGACGAUGAUCUGGAUGCGGAUGUGGAUGUGGGUGUGGAUGGUGCCGCUGUCUUUAGUUCUUCAUGGUUACCGAGUGGGGACCACAAGGCGAAGAAUCUCGAAGAGGACAAAAAGGAAAAGAAGGGAAAGAAACCGAAGGGCGGUAAAAAGGCGGUUGAUGGUGAUGAAGACGUAGUGGAGGAUUUUGUUCUUAGUUCCGAUGAAGAUGAAUCAAUGAGCGAUGAUGAUGAUGAUGUUAAUGCGACGGAGGAUGUUGAAGUGAAACAUGGAACUCCGAAGCAAGGAAAAAAGAAGCAGAAGGCGUUUGAGAAAUCGUCGAAACGGAAAGGAAACUUUCGUGGGAAGAACAAGUCUAAGAAAAGGAAGAAGGCUAACUGACAAGGGGGUAUUGUUUGAUCAUGAAAAAUCGAAUAUUUAUAUUGUUGUGUUUCGUUUUGUAUUGAUUGUUAUGUUUUUCUUUUGGGAUUUGAGAUCCUGCAAAUUUUGACCAACUUUGAAAGCAAUAAUUGUUUAAAGAAAUCAAACUUGUAAAAA